CUACUUCAUUCAUUAUAUUUAACAGUUUGUGUAUUUUUCGUUUUUUUUUCUUUUAAUAAUUUUAAAAAUCUAAGGACAUAUUGUUAGAACGAAACAAACAGCUAAAUGACUAGGGUUUCAACGGAUAUAAUGUGAAUACUGGAGUACUAGAGAAGCAUUGUUCUAUAAGUUCAAAUGUCGCCAUAUAGCAGGGAACACCAUACGGCCGUUGUAGCGCCUGUUUCGGCGGUGUCACCUGUGAUCGAAGAGUUUGGCAGCAACAAGAAAGACGACGCCGCUGCAGCCGCUGCCGGUGGAUUACCGUCUUACCACCGUAAGUACUCGGAAUCUGGAAAACCCACUGCCGGAUAUACCAAUGGGUUCUCGUUGCUCCGCCGAUUGUUGCGUUGGUGGCUUGCCCGAUUUGGUCAGAAGCCGUUGGUUAAAAAAGGUGUAUUGGAGAUGAGCGCUGCAACCGAAAGUGGUAUCCGGUUGAGCGGACAUACUCUAGACAAGGCGACCAAGGCCAAAGUCACCCUUGAGAAUUACUACAGCAAUCUGAUCGCUCAGCACAUUGAACGGAAACAGAGGUUAGCAAAACUCGAAGAAACUUUGAAAGAUGAAAGUCUGUCGGAGCAACAGAAACAAGAAAAACGCCAGCAACAUGCGCAAAAAGAAUCAGAAUUUCUCAGACUAAAAAGAUCAAGGCUCGGGGUAGAAGAUUUCGAACCGUUAAAGGUCAUUGGUCGUGGUGCUUUUGGAGAGGUGAGACUAGUUCAAAAGAAAGACACUGGUCAUAUAUACGCCAUGAAAAUCCUACGCAAAGCCGACAUGCUUGAAAAGGAACAAGUGGCGCACGUUCGUGCAGAAAGGGAUGUCCUCGUUGAAGCUGAUCACCAGUGGGUCGUUAAAAUGUACUAUAGUUUUCAGGAUCCAAUAAACCUUUACCUUAUAAUGGAGUUCCUUCCUGGUGGUGACAUGAUGACGCUACUCAUGAAAAAAGAUACACUCAGUGAGGAGUGUACGCAGUUUUAUAUCGCCGAAACCGCGUUGGCUAUUGAUUCUAUACACAAACUCGGAUUUAUACACAGGGAUAUAAAACCCGACAAUCUAUUACUAGACGCCAGGGGCCACAUAAAACUGUCUGAUUUUGGAUUGUGCACUGGCCUAAAAAAGUCGCACCGGACGGAUUUCUACAGAGACCUGAGCCAGGCUAAACCAUCGGAUUUCAGUUUUUUCUGUUCGCCAGCAUCGAGUCCGAUGGACAGCAAACGGCGUGCGGAGAGCUGGAAAAGAAAUCGCCGGGCGCUGGCCUACAGCACCGUUGGAACACCGGAUUACAUUGCACCCGAAGUAUUCCUCCAGACCGGUUACGGUCCGGCUUGUGAUUGGUGGAGCGUCGGUGUCAUCAUGUACGAAAUGCUAAUCGGGUACCCACCGUUCUGCAGCGAAAAUCCACAGGAAACGUACAGGAAGGUUAUGAACUGGCGGGAAACGCUGAGCUUCCCAGCCGAAGUGCCCAUUAGCGAAGAGGCCCGCGACGCCAUCACCCGGUUCUGUUGCGAAUCAGACCGUCGUCUUGGUUACAGUGGUCGUGGUAUCGACGACCUCCGAUCAACGAUAGCGUUCUUCCGUGGUGUCGACUGGGAGCACAUCAGAGAACGUCCAGCCGCUAUACCUGUCCAGGUCAAGUCUAUCGAUGAUACGUCCAACUUCGAUGACUUCCCAGACGUCAAACUCGAAAUACCAUCGGCACCGAUAUCCCAAGAUGGUGAAGUGAUCUAUAAAGACUGGGUGUUUAUCAACUACACGUUUAAGCGGUUCGAGGGUCUUACUCAACGGGGCAUAGCUACCAAAAAGUGAUUUUAAACAACGUUAAAGAUAGUGCAAUGUGAUAUUUUUAUCUAACCUCCUACGCUUUCCUCCUUAUCCCCCACCUUUUACAACCGCCCCUAAACUCCUCCCCCUACAAUUCCCUACCCCGACCCAACCCCCUAUCCACUCCAACAUACACACCACGAAUCCUCUACCUAUCACCAUUAGUUGGCAUGCAGACUUUAUGAUCUCAAGGAGAAAAGUGUUUUCUUCUCAGCGAUAAAAAAAAAACCAAUUAAAGAUUUCCAAAGACCAAAAGUUUUUUUUUUUAAUAUAUAUAUAUGUAUGUAUGUAUAUGUUAAUCUGUGUGAUCGAUGACUCAUAUUUGUUAUUCAUUCGCCGUCAAACACACAAAAACAAAUUGCGGAUAUAUUGUGUAGCGUUAAAUUUUAACGUUCUCGAUGUUCAUUGAUAUUAUUUUUGCACACAUUAUUUCUUAAGCUUCAUCUAGUCAACUUCUUCGUUUUUUCAUUCUCUCAAACAAUUCGAAAUUAAAC